CUCUGUCAUGCAAUAAAAGGGCACUUUGCGUAAAUCGGGUUCUAAGGGUUAAUGUACACUACAGGUUGUAUUACACAUGCUGUGUACACAAUGGCAAUUUGAAAAAACAAUUUAGUCACGCUGUUACGCAAUCAUGGCACAGAGACAGGUGUAGAGUCAGCUCAGUUCAGGUUUGAAGACCUGAUUUCUGAUUCUGUUAUCUUGCGAAAUGACUGACUAUCUUCCUGACCUCCAGGAUUGAGGGGGAAAACUGAAAUACCACUGCAUUGCUACUGUAAGUUUGGUUUCUCUGACAGUGUAAUUGCCACGGAUCCUUGUUCCUCACAUGAGGUAGCUUUCUGUACAACUUACUUCAUUCUACCAAAUCUGAGCCUGUUGGUUUUUUAAGAUUAUUUAUAGAUCAGUUUGUACUUUCAUAUUCAUAUUAUUGCUAACAUCAGUUGAAAUAAGUGUCUUUGUACACUAUGUAUGUAUCAUGAGGUUUUAUUAAUGGCAAGGCAGUUUCCUGUUUCUGACCUGAGUUGUGAUUGGCUGUAACCAAGCGCCAUGUCAUUGCAUGGGAAGGUCUAGCUCCACUAGGAAGUGUUGCGCUGGGAGAGCCGUUCUUGGUAUCCGCAUGAUUAGCAGCAAUCAGUGCAGGUGCUGGAUUUAGCCACUGUGCAGAGAGAACAGGAGCCAGGCUCGGCCCUGCAGGGGAAAAUGAAAUGCACCUCAGUUACAAACAAAAUCUUAGAGAGAAAAAGGAGAUAUUUGAGUCAAAAAUAAAUCAAUAAUGCAGACUCUUUGGGAUCAGAGCAGAAAUGGAAUUCAGCAGAAUAUGGGAGAGGUCUGCUUUCAGAAUUACUACUAAUAAAAAACCUUACCACUGAUUUCUCACAAUCAGACUUGUUUCUUCUUUCCUUUGUUUUCAGUCUGAAGGGUGACUAAGAAUAUCACCAAAACAAGGUUCCAGUUCAAAUUCAACAACUUUAAAUAUUCACCACUGAGGGUUUGUAAUCUGGUUCGUCCAUCUGUGUGUGUGUGUGUGAGUCCUCUCAUGUAAGGUAAAAAACACUGGUUUGCAAAUGUUUAACGGGCUGAGGGUCACCAUAUCUCAGUUCUCCUACAUGAUAAUCCGGACCUGAAUGAGGAUGUGGAUUCUGGAAUCUUUUUAACUUCCUUUCACAGUGACAAAUGUAAAGGGGAGAGGGUCUGCAGGACCCUGACUGCACUUGUUUAGAGUGGACUGUUGAACACCCACAUUGUGUGGAUAAACCUCAUUUCUCACUCUAGCGCCUCAUUUACAGUUUUAUUCAAACGUGGGAAUUUUCAUACCUAUCUGUACUUCAGUACAUGUUCAGUAAUGCACAUCAUGUGUAGUUGAGCCCUCUUCCUGAUAUGGUGUUGUUCCAGAGCGUAAACAUGAAGUACGUUUUCAGGCUCGUCAAGCCUACUACGUCUCACUUCCUCUGUUUCACACAUAAAUCCUGUGGCUCUGAUGCAAGUGCACAACACUUACCCAAACCAUUACUAGCUGAGCGCCAACACCGCAGGCUCACAGAGAGAAAUGGAAGUGAAUGGAACGAAUAACGGCACAGAUCACUGCAAUACUGAGAGUAAGCUUUAUAUAUUCCUCUCUGUGGUAAUGUCAGCUGAAUUCAUUUUAGCACUGCCUUUAAAUCUGUCUGUUUUGUAUGUCUUCAUUUUUAAAUUCAAAUUCUGGAAGAAUAACAGCCUCUUGCUCUUCAACCUGGUAUUGGCGGACUUGCUGCUUCUGAUAUGCCUGCCAUUUAAAGUAUGUAACUUUGUGACUGGGAUGCGAAAAAGUGAUGACAACAUCAUCUGCAAAGCCAUGCUCUUUAUGUUAUUUCUGAACCGGGGAGCCAGUAUUGCUUUUCUCACCGUCAUCUCUGUGGAUCGCUACUUUAAUGUGGUUCACUCUGGCAGGAAAAACUUUCUGAAGAUUCUUAAAAAGUCACCUCAUAUUUCCAUUCUCAUCUGGCUACUGCUGCUCCCUUUGACCAUCCCUACCAUGCUGGAAACCUUUGAAUGCUGCAACAGCUUUGGUCGUGCAGAGAACCACACACUAAUGACCCAAGUGGCGGACUUCUUAAGAGAGACUGUAUUUUUCACUCAGAUUCUCAUACCUUUCAGUGUGCUAGUGUUCUGUACUGUUCAGAUUAACAACAGACUGAGGAGAAAGACAGUUGGGGACAAGACCAAAUUGCGCAGAGCUGUAUUUCUAAUGGCGUCUGUGAUGCUAGUCUUUACCGUCUGUUUUCUGCCCCUGGCUGUAUCGAGGAUGAUUCUGCUGAUAGUCAGAGUCCGUGAAGAUGCGGUGGCAGAGAAAGUGGUUGUACAGAUCUAUGAUGCCCUCAUGUGCCUCUCGUACAGUGACUGUCUGCUGGACCCUCUGGUGUAUUGCUUCUGCCGUUCAAAAUUCAAAGAAGUGUACUUGUCCUCUGUUUUGCCUUCAAGGGUCAAGAGGCAAACGCAUGAGGGCGAGAGAAGUGUUUCCCGAGACUUGGCGAACUCCUCUAUACCUUUGAGCUCACAUAAAUCUGUGUCUGAACCGUAAUAAGAAAAUGCUAUAAUAGUUACUUGUAUGGCAGUGCUUUUGUUAUACAUAUCAUUGGUUCCUAUAUUGCUGCAAAUGUCUGUACAUAAAUUGUAUCAGGAAAAAACUUUAAAUAAUUAGCAUUUCAUAUCUUGAGAAUACAAUCUCUGACACAUGUAUAGCACAUGUUCUGCACAUUAAGCAGUAAAUCAUAAUUAAGGCUACAUUAUACUAGAUUUUGUUGCUGAUUGGAUCAUAAACGGCCACAGCAAUGAAG